AUGGAUGAAAACCUCUACGACGAGUUUGGGAACUAUAUCGGCCCGCUGCUCGACGAAGAUGCCGAGGGAGGCAUCGACUCAGACGCGAGCGCCGAUGAACCAGUCACGACGGAGACAGUAACACGUAUAGGUCCCGAAGAUGUAGUGGAAUAUGAUGAAGGCAUCAAGGAGGAGCAACCUUUCAAGGAUGUAGAGAUAUUCGUACAACACGAAGAUACGCAAACUAUAGAUCAACCUAUCGUAAAAUCGCAUGAAACACGCAUAGAACGUGUUAGCAAUAUUAGAAGACUAGAUGAUGACAUCAGUGCCAAAUGUUUCGAUAUACUUGAGGAAAAGCUACCACGUAACAGAUUCACUUUCCAUUUCAUGACUGCACUGAUGACACAGCCACAAUUUAUACGAAAUAUUUGUAUAUGUGGAGACCUACAUCAUGGAAAAACGACACUAGUAGAUAGACUCAUCAACUAUAGCAGAUUCCCCGAACCAAAUGCAGCAGAAGGAUUUGAUACCAGCUUUGUACGCUAUACAGAUACACGACUAGAUGAACAGGCAAGAGAAAUGUCCAUCAAAGCAACACCAAUAUCGUUGGUUUUCCAAAGUGAAACUGGAAGUUCACACGGUGGUGCUAUCAAACACAAGUCAUAUCUUUUCAAUAUUUUCGACACACCUGGGCAUAUCAACUUUAUCGACGAGUUCACUCAUGCACAAAGUGUAUCUGACGGCUGUCUCAUUGUGGUUGACGUGCUCAUGGGAAGAACGUGUACAGUGGAACUGAUGAUCAAGAGCUGCCUGAAGAGUUGCACAAGCUUCGCUCUUGUUCUCAAUUGCAUCGACAGACUGAUACUGGAAAUGAAGAUACCACCGGCGGAUGCAUAUUUAAAAAUAAAACACACAAUCGCAGACAUAAACGACUACAUAUCGCAGACGUGCGACCUAUUAAGGCAAAAAAAGGUCCUACUAGAUCCUAUAUAUGGCAACGUACUGUUCGCGUCGGCAAAGUACGGCAUUUUUUUCACACUGGAAUCGUUCGCCACACUAUACGCAGAUGAUGAGGAUGUCAACACAAUCGCUAAGGAACUAUGGGGAAACAAUUUCUACGAUCCUAAUACGCAGCAGUUUACAACGGAAGAAAUAUCCGCAGCGCAAGAUGAAGACGGCAAUGUGGGCGAAGUCCAACUACAGAGGUCUUUUGUGGCAUUCGUGCUAGAACCGUUGUACAAAAUAUUUGCACAUGUGGCCUCGGAUGAACGUGAAGAACUCACACCUAUAUUGGAUCAGCUUGGGGUAUCACUGAGAGCGACCGACUAUCGCAUGAGCACUGUCAAGAUAUUGCAGAAAGUUUUCAGUAAGCUGUUCAGUGAUCCCAGCGGAUUCGUGGACUUCGUAGUUGCAAACAUCCCACCACCCACCGAAACUGGCACUAAAAAACUAGAUGCUAUUUUCACUGGUGACCGUGGCACGGCUAUUUGUUCAGGAAUUGAAAAAUGUGAUCCAGAAGCACAACUCAUGAUACAUAUAGUCAAAAACUACUAUCGUCUGGAUACCAACUCAUUUGAUAUAUUUGGACGUGUCAUGUCAGGGACAAUAAAAAAGGGCCAGCGUAUAAAAAUACUCGGAGAUGGGUAUACACUUGACGAUGAUGAGGAUAUGCAAAUUAGAAAUGUCGGAGCUUUGUGGAUUGCUGAAGGGCGAUACCGUGUAGAAGUGAACUCCGUUCCCGCCGGGAACUGGGUGCUCAUCUCAGGGAUCGAUCUAUGCUCACACAAAACAACGACAAUCACAUCUGCAGAAGAUCCACAUGGGGCUGAAAUAUUCCGUAUACAGUCAACACUGCUUGCGUCGGAACCAGUUUUCAAGGUGGCCAUAGAACCGCUCAAUCCAUCCGAACUACCGAGAAUGGUUGAGGGACUUAGGCGAAUCGAUCGAAGUUAUCCUGCCAUAAAAACACGGGUAGAAGAAAGCGGGGAACAUGUUGUACUUGGUACCGGGGAGUUAUAUCUGGAUUGCGCUUUACACGACCUAAGGAGGCUAUAUGGUGACCUAGAGGUCAAGGUCUCAGAUCCCGUAGUUAGGUUCACUGAAACCAUUAUGGAACAAUCGGCCACUAAAUGUUACUCCGAGACUCAAAACCGAAUGAAUAGACUUUGCUUUAUUGCAGAACCUCUGGAACAAGGGAUAGCGUCGGCCAUCGACGAAGGGAUCCUUAAUCCUGACCUUCCAGCUGGAGAGUUGGCCACCGUAUUCAUGGAACAAUAUAAUUGGGAUGUUCUGGCCGCCAGGUCUAUAUGGUGUUUCGGUCCAGACAACUGCGGACCGAACAUACUUCUUGACGAUGUGUUGCCCAGUAACCCCGUCAAAGCUGCGGUCGGUAACAUCCGGUCGACGGUAAUACAGGGGUUCAACUGGGCUUGCAAAGAAGGACCACUCGUAGAGGAACCUUUCAGGAACACAAAAUUCAAGCUUAUAGAUGCCGAACUUGCGGAUGAUCCCAUGAACCGCAGCGCAGGUCAAAUCAUACCAGCGGCACGCCGUGCCGUGUAUGGCGCGUUCCUACUGUCAACCCCCCGGCUUAUGGAGCCUGUGGUAUUUGCAGAAAUAACGUGCCCGGCUGACUGUGUUGCAUCGUCAUACUCUAUACUGUCGCGACGACGUGGACAUGUGUUGAAGGAUCAGCCCAAGCCAGGUACGCCAUUCUACGAGGUACAUGCGUACCUACCGGCAAUAGAGUCAUUCGGAUUCGAGACCGACUUGCGUGUUCAUACACACGGUCAGGCGUUUUGCAUUACGUUCUUUGACCAUUGGAACAUUGUUCCAGGUGAUCCCCUUGACAAGUCAAUUAUUCUCAAGACUCUGGAACCUGCGCCUAUUCCGCAUCUCGCACGUGAAUUCAUGGUAAAGACCCGUCGUCGCAAGGGACUUGCUGAGGACAUCUCAAUUAACAAGUACUUCGAUGCAACGAUGCUGCAGGCCCUAGGAGAAGAAUUAGAACAGUUCUAUUAA